AUGUUCCCUGAAGCAGGUACAAACAGCAGUAACUUAUUAUUGGCUAACGACUCAUUAAAUGAUACGAUUAUAUAUCCUAAUUUCUCAGCAGUGAACUUAUCAUAUUCAUUUCAGUUUUGGUUUGCACUCAUUUUACAAAUUCCAUCUGUAAUAUGUUAUUUACUUGUUCUUACAUAUAUUCUCACUAAAAAAACUGAACGUCAAGCUCUUCAUAAUCAUUCAAUAUUAGUUCUUCUUUUCCUUUCAUUCUCUAUUGUAUUAUUUGAUUUCUCUUGGAAAAUAGAUAGUUAUCGUCGUCAAGGAAACGUCUGGCCACAAGUACCAUUUUUAUGUGAAGUAUGGUGGCUUCUCGAGUAUGGUUUUUAUGAUACAUGUACAGUUAUUUUAGCUUGGUCAUCAUUUCAACGUCAUAUUCUUAUUUUUCAUUCAAAUUUAGUUUCGACAAAACGAAAACGAUUAUUUAAUCAUUAUUUACCUUUGACAUUUAUUUUUAUAUAUUUAAUUAUUUUUUAUAUCUGUACUAUUUUCUUUCCGCCCUGUGAAAAUCAAUAUGAUUUUACAUCACCUGUAUGUGGAGCCUUUCCAUGUUAUUUUUCAGUUCCACCUUUAAUACUAUGGAUUGUAUUCGUUCAUGGUGUUAUACCAACUUUUCUGAUUGCAAUAUUCAAUAUUACAUUACUUAUUCGUGUUUUAUGGCAAAGAUAUCUUCAUCAUCGUGAUUGGAAAAGAUGCCGAAAAAUGACAUUUCAAUUAUUAUCAGUGUGUACACUUUAUCUUUCAUUGAAUUUACCAUUAAUGCUUAUAACUAUGGUACAAUAUGCAGGUUAUCCUGAUUUUGCUACUGAAUUCCAGCUUUAUUUAGUCUUCUUUACUAAUAUAAUUCAAUAUCUUUUGCCUUUCGUAUGUCUCAUAUCUUUACCUGGUAUAUGGAUAAAAAUAACAACAUUCUUUCCGUGGAAUACUCGACGAGUUAUGCCUAUAAUAACAACUGUAAAUAUAAGAAAUGGCCAGCAGAAGACUAAAGUCUGA